AUGGCCUCGCGCGCAUGGCGGUAUGUAAAUGUAUAUGUGUACUGUCUCCGCUCCUGUACACUGGCUCACCCCACGGCUGUGUACUGUCCCCGCUCCUGUACACUGGCUCACCCCACGGCUGUGUACUGUCCCCGCUCCUGUACACUGGCUCACCCCACGGCUGUGUACUGUCCCCGCUCCUGUACACUGGCUCACCCCACGGCUGUGUACUGUCCCCGCUCCUGUACACUGGCUCACCCCACGGCUGUGUACUGUCCCCGCUCCUGUACACUGGCUCACCCCACGGCUGUGUACUGUCCCCGCUCCUGUACACUGGCUCACCCCACGGCUGUGUACUGUCCCCGCUCCUGUACACUGGCUCACCCCACGGCUGUGUACUGUCCCCGCUCCUGUACACUGGCUCACCCCACGGCUGUGUACUGUCCCCGCUCCUGUACACUGGCUCACCCCACGGCUGUGUACUGUCCCCGCUCCUGUACACUGGCUCACCCCACGGCUGUGUACUGUCCCCGCUCCUGUACACUGGCUCACCCCACGGCUGUGUACUGUCCCCGCUCCUGUACACUGGCUCACCCCACGGCUGUGUACAGUCUCCACUCCUGUACACUGGCUCACCCCACGGCUGUGUACAGUCUCCACUCCUGUACACUGGCUCACCCCACGGCUGUGUACUGUCCCCGCUCCUGUACACUGGCUCACCCCACGGCUGUGUACUGUCCCCGCUCCUGUACACUGGCUCACCCCACGGCUGUGUACAGUCUCCACUCCUGUACACUGGCUCACCCCACGGCUGUGUACUGUCUCCGCUCCUGUACACUGGCUCACCCCACGGCUGUGUACUGUCCCCGCUCCUGUACACUGGCUCACCCCACGGCUGUGUACUGUCUCCGCUCCUGUACACUGGCUCACCCCACGGCUGUGUACAGUCUCCACUCCUGUACACUGGCUCACCCCACGGCUGUGUACUGUCCCCGCUCCUGUACACUGGCUCACCCCACGGCUGUAGGUCCCUCUGAGGCCCUUCAUGGUCUGGGUUCAGAGGUCCUUCAUGGUCUGGGUUCAGAGGUCCCUCUGAGGCCCUUCAUGGUCUGGGUUCAGAGGUCCCUCUAA